GUCCUUCUUCAGUUAUCAGCAAUGACGACGAUUCAGCCAGUCCCCUCCACCACAUCUCAAAUGGCAGUAACACUCCGUCUUCUUCUGAGGGGGGUCCUGACGCAGUCAUUAUUGGGAUGACGAAGAUUCCCGUCAUAGAAAAUCCCCAGUAUUUUGGAAUUACCAACAGUCAGCUCAAGCCAGACACCUUUGUGCAGCACAUCAAGCGCCACAAUAUCGUUCUCAAAAGAGAACUGGGAGAAGGAGCCUUUGGGAAAGUCUUUCUGGCGGAAUGCUAUAACCUCUGUCCUGAGCAGGACAAGAUCUUGGUGGCAGUGAAGACACUGAAGGAUGCCAGCGACAAUGCCCGCAAGGACUUCCACCGCGAGGCAGAGCUGCUAACUAACCUGCAACACGAGCACAUCGUCAAGUUCUACGGUGUCUGUGUUGAGGGUGAUCCGCUCAUCAUGGUCUUUGAGUAUAUGAAGCACGGAGAUCUUAACAAAUUCCUCAGGGCACAUGGACCAGAUGCGGUACUGAUGGCAGAAGGCAACCGUCCUGCUGAGCUGACCCAAUCCCAGAUGCUUCACAUUGCCCAGCAGAUUGCAGCUGGUAUGGUUUACCUGGCGUCACAGCACUUCGUGCAUCGGGAUCUUGCUACCCGGAAUUGUCUGGUUGGUGAGAACCUACUGGUGAAGAUUGGGGAUUUUGGGAUGUCUAGAGAUGUGUACAGCACGGACUACUAUAGG